GAAAAUUCGUCACUUCCGCUCUAGAAUUUAGUCUCGUCGUUCAGGAAAAAUAUCAAACAGCUGAUUCCAACCCUUCAAACCUCAAUCUGCUGGAGAAAAUCAAUCACAACAAUCAUCACACGAGGAUGAUUUUACUCUCUUAAAAUUCCAUUGCUCAGCAAAAAUCAAUUGUGCAGCAUUAGAAAGUCAAAAUGGGUAAUCACCUGGUGGGAAUAGCUCCCAGUCAGAUAUUUCCUGUCGAGCACUAUUUGACAGAUCACAGCGAUCUCCAGUUUGACAUAAAUCUGGGGAGUACAAGAUUCUUCAAAGUGGCUCGUGCUAGGAGCCAAGAGGGUCUGAUUGUCGUCAAAGUUUUUGUCAUUCAUGAUCCAACCCUGCCAUUGUCAACCUACAAGGAUAAACUCGAGGAAAUCAGAUCGAAAUUAGCGUCUGCUGUCAACUGUCUACCAUUUCAGAGAACCAUACUUACAGACAAGGCUGGAUUUAUUAUGAGGGAAUACGUCAAGUACUCGCUGUAUGAUAGAAUCAGUACGAGACCCUUUUUGUCGAUUAUUGAGAAAAAGUGGAUUACGUUCCAAGUUCUUUAUGCACUUCAUCAAGCACACAAGUUUGGUGUCUGCCACGGCGAUAUAAAACUCGAGAAUAUAAUGAUAACCAGUUGGAACUGGGUUUUGUUGACUGAUUUCGCAAGUUUCAAACCAACGUAUUUACCUGAGGACAACCCAGCGGAUUUCUCUUACUUCUUUGAUACCUCUAGGAGGAGAACAUGCUACAUCGCCCCAGAGCGUUUCCUGAAGACUCUGUCCUCUGAACUGAGCAGUACACUCCUCCUCCCAGAGCAAGAGCUAAAAACCGGUGAUCUCCAUCCAACAAUGGACAUAUUUUCAGCAGGAUGUGCCCUAACAGAACUUUACAACGAGGGACACGCACCCUUCGACUUCUCCCAGCUGCUGGCUUACAGAAACAGCGAAUACUCAGCUAGUAAACACCUAGACAAGAUCGAGGAUCCAGGAAUCCGUGAAUUACUAGCAUCAAUGCUAGAGAAAAAUCCGAGUAAUCGUAAAAGUGCAGAGAUAUAUCUAUCUCAAGCCCGAGGUAAAAUCUUCCCCGAGUACUUCUACUCCUUUCUCCAAUCGUACAUGCUGAUGUUUUCAGCAGCACCAAUUCUCUCACCAGACGAGAAAAUAAAUCGUCUGAAAAAAGACAUAGGUAAUAUUAUAAAUAUAAUCCUGAAGAGUGAAGAGGAGACAGAAGCAAAAAGAAAGAGCAGCGAGGAAUCAUCGACAUGUGAUAGCCCAAAGAAAUCAGAGACUGAAUUGAGUCGAGAGGAUUCAGUCUGUCAAAGCGAGGAUAAUACGAUGACAGAAGGAGACAGUGACCAGAGCUUCGAUAGAGCGGAAACAAAUCCAGAAAUGAAGCUCUCGGAAAAGUCAAAUGACUCCCUGGAUGACGAGACCCCAAAGAAAUCCAAAAUAAUUUCACCAGACAAACUCGAGGGACUGAUCCUCAUAACUCAACUCGUGACCUCUUGCAUCCGAGGUCUCCACCACUCCCAAUCGAAGCUCCAGAGCCUGGAAAUUCUGUUGGAGCUCGCCGAGAAUACCUCUGACGAGACAAUUCUCGAUCGAAUUCUUCCGUACAUCUUCCACCUAGUGCACGAUCCAGCGCCUCGCGUUCGAGUCUCAGCAAUUCACACACUGACAAAAUGCCUGUACUUGGUGAAAACAAUUCCCCCUACUGACGUCAAUAUAUUCCCAGAGUACAUCCUUCCAGGUCUGUCCCACAUUACUCAGGACGAUGCUGUCAUAGUGCGUGCAGCUUAUGCUGAAAAUAUCGCCCACUUAGCGCACAUUGCACUCCGUUACCUCGAGAAUGCACACCUGACAAAUCCAGGGAACAAGGAAGGGCCCAAGCCAAAUUACGAUAGCGAACUUCAAACACUCCAUGAGAUGGUCCAGCAGUCAGUGUCAAUGCUGCUGACAGACACCUCAAAUCUCGUCAAGCAUACCCUCAUGGAGAAUGGAAUCAACAAGCUGUGUGUCUUCUUCGGUAAGCAGAAAGCCAAUGACGUGCUCCUGAGUCACGUCAUAACGUUCCUAAAUGAUAAAAAGGACGAACAAUUACGUGGCUCUUUCUUCGAGUGCAUCGUUGGAGUUGCUGUUUACGUUGGUUGGCACAGUAGUCCCAUUCUGAUGCCUCUACUCCAGCAGGGACUCACUGACCCUGAAGAGUUCGUUACGAAAAAAGCAAUAAAUGCCAUGGCAACUCUCACAGAACUCGGUCUUCUCCACAAACCUGCGCUUUAUCAACUUCUUGCUGAAGCUGUUGUCUUUCUGGUGCAUCCCAAUCUCUGGAUCAGACACGCAACUGUUGGAUUCAUCGCUGCAGCUGCUAGAACUCUCAAUUUAGUUGAUGUCCAGUGUAAAGUUCAGGUUCUGAUACAGCCGUAUCUCAAGUACUCGUUAAUUCAGAUUGAGAAGGAAGUUCUCUUGCUUGAGGCUUUGGUCCAACCAAUUCCUCGUGUUGUUUUCGAUUCUGUGAUAAAGUACAAUGACAUCAAUGAGUUGAUACGAGCCUUCGAGGAGAGGAAAUCAGCUAGAUCCAAGACUAUCAGUGGUACAGUCCCUCAAUACAGUGACUCCAGUACAUCAUUGAGGAAUUUGUUUCGCAGAUUGAAUUCCGAAUCGAUGACUGAAAUCGUUGAGGAUCAGUUGUUGGCGAUGAAGCAGCACUUGAUUAAGAUAAACAAGUAUCGAUUGGCUGGGGAUACAAAGCAGAGUGCUAUUAAAUCAGCUAAUGAUGGUAAAUUAGAAUUGACAAUGAUGAAGGAGACGAUACGCCACCACAUCGUGAUGCUUUAUCCGGAUGCUAAAGGGGAAAUUGGAAUGACUGGGUACAAGAAAUUCGAUAAAAGAACAUCCGAGAGUACUCAUUAUUCUACAAUGAAUCAGGAAUGGAGAACAAUGUUUGCAGCUAAUGAGACCAACCAAACGAGUUUGAAAAUAAAUGAUAUGAGCAACAGUGGCUCGAGCCCCAGUUCAAUUCACGGUGGAGACAUUCAUCUGUCACCUCAGCAGUCUAGUUUAGCUGACAUCAACAGCAUAAACGAUCACUCACUCCCCGAGAGAUCAUACAUCCAGUACAGGUGUGCCCCGUGCAGAUUGGAGUUACGUAAAUUGACAUACAGAAAACAGGAGCAGCAUGGAGCUGCACUCAGAGCUCAGCAUUGGGCUGACAAUAUGACGUGGCAUGCUGGAACGAGACUUCUACCCAGUGGAUGGAGGCCUCGAGGUGUCUCCGUUGCUUAUCUCCAUGAGCACAGAGCAGCUGUCAAUCGUUUGGUGUCAAUUCCUGAUUCGGGAUUGUUCGCCAGUUGUGCUGCUGAUGGGUGUGUGAGGAUUUGGGACGCCAGCAAGAUGGAAGGGAGAAAUAUUGCUAAUAGAUCGAGGCAGACCUAUGUCAAUCGUGGAGGCCCACUGGUGGGAUUGGCGGUUUGUGAGCAAGGACAGUCAAUUGCUAGCUCAGCUAGCAUGACUGGCUCGGUUUUUGUUCUCAGAAUGGAGCCAAGUUCCAGCAAAAUGACUCUCGUUAACUCCAGGCAGUUGGAUCUCCAAGAAGAGGGAUGUGCUGUUGAUCUACAGUACCUGGACUCUGGAUCACAAUCUGUAUUGAUUUAUGCCACUCUCUAUGGAUCACUCAUUGGCUGGGACCUGAGGUGUCCUGGAAUCGCCUGGAAGCUCGAGAAUGACUUGAAACAUGGAGUUAUUACGUCCUUUUGUGUUAAUAAUUAUCAGCAGUGGCUGGCACUUGGGACUAGCUCUGGUGUUCAUAUCUGUUGGGAUUUGAGAUUUCAGUUGCCUAUCAGUAGCAUCAAACAUCCUAUUGGGGCAAGAGUUAGGAAAGUUAUCACUCAUCCGACUGAACAGUCCUGGAUUAUUUCUGCUGUACAGGGGAAUAAUGAGAUUUCCAUGUGGAAUCUCGAGACUGGCUUCAGGCAAACUGUCCUCUGGGCCUCUGGGGCACCACCUCUCAGUCAUUCACAGGAGGGACACAGUGUCUGCUCCAUGCAUGCUGGUACUGUUGACAGGUCUGGAUUCCUCUUGGCUGGGGGAACUGAUAUGAAACUCAGAUACUGGGAUCUCAAUACUCCCAAUGAGUCUCAUGUCGCCUUGCCAGCUGCUAGUGAUGUCAUUGCAUCGAAUUCUUUGGUUUAUGAGCAGAGGCUGAUCGAUGGAACAAAUGUUGUCCAGGAAGUUCUGGCUGGAGGUGGACCCAUUAUUGGUCCAGGUGCUGGAAGGGUCCGGGUUACUGAUGAAGCUGCUGUUCCAUCCCUCGAAGCACCCAUUUCUGGGCAUCAUGACACCAUCUCGGCUGUUGCUAUGUCCAAUACCUGUAUUUUAACUGGCAGCACUGAUGGACUCAUUCAAGUGUGGAAGUGAUUUUUUAUUUUAGAUUUUUAAGGGAACACGUGGGAAAGAGUUGGCGGGGAAAAUUCAGUGAUUGUUCUCAGAGAAUUCACAGAAUUUCCUGUUAAAAUUUUCAGGAAACAUUUCAUUUUUUCUCAAAUUAUUGAACAAAGUUGGAUAAAUCUGAGAAUGGAAGGACAAAUUGUUUUUAAAUAAAUUUAUAAACGGACUUCGAUAUAAUUAACUAGUCAAAGCACUAGGUUUUCCUGUUGGACUCUCCCAUACAAUCAGUGUCUGUACUUUUAUAAAUUAGUGUCUAAGGGCAGUAUAUACUUUAAGAAAAUAAAUUAUUUUUAUACGUAUUAAAAAAGGCGAAUCGUAAAAACUUUUGAGUGCACAAUGUGCAAUGAGGUAUGUGUAGUCUUAUGUAACGAUUGAAUUAAACAAAUGAUUAAUUGAAGAAUUGCGCUUCAUGAUAAAAUUAUGAUUGUGUUUAUUUAUACAUAUAUCUGAUAUAUAAAAUACGUACAGGAGCUGUACACAACGAACGUUUGGAUUCAUUAAAUUAUCCUUCCAUAACUAGUCGAGCUAGCUACUUUACUUAUUAUUAUUUCUAUUAUUCUUAUUUCCUCUUUGCUACAUUGGAUGACAUAUUCAAUGAGCUUGUAUAUGAAAAUGAAAUACAUAAGUAUUUAUGUGGAUAACAAAAAUUACUGUGGAUUUUAUUUAAACGGAAUUGCUAUUAUCAUUAAUAACUUUUCAUCAAAUCAAAUUGGAUAAUCCGAAUAGUACUAUAAAGUGCUCGCUGAGAUCUAUUAAAUAAUAUACAAUGUUAUUUUAAUAAAUUACAUCUAUAGUGAAAAGUGGAAAAAAAAA